AGAUUUCAAUUGUGCCUUCGAGGGCACACUCUGUGGGUGGACGCAGCCUGCUAUGGCCUUCGAUGUUGAUUGGGUGGUACAGCAAGGAGCCACGCCCAAUGCAAACACCGGACCGGAAGUUGACAGAACGACGGGAACAAUCUCGGGAGCGUACGUGUAUUAUGACGGACGGAGUUACACGGCAGAUGGCACAGCUACUUUGAAAAGUCCGGAGCUAAAUUCUCGUUUUUCCAACGGGAAGCUGUCAUUCUGGCUCAAUAUGUACGGAAGUGGAAUAGAUUCGCUCCGCAUCUAUCAACGGCCAGUUGACGUUUUCGCGCAUCCCAAUUUGGAACUCUUGAUAAUUACCGGGCAACAAUCUACAGAACCGAUGUGGCUCCAUAGAGAGGUCAACUUAACAGAAGUUAGCUACAACUUCCAUAUCGCAUUCAAAACGACUGAAGGAACGUCUAUCGAGUCAGAUGUUGCGAUCGAUGAUGUGGAACUCAUAUCUCGUAAGCUUUCCAUGUUUACACAGCAUUAUUGAUUGUGGGGCGUGUGGCCUAGUCGUUACGGUUCGUGACUCAUGAUCAGAGCACCAGGGGUUCAAAUACAGUUGCUGGUCACAUGUUGUGUCUUUGGGCAAGCCACUUCACCCCAACUUGCCUCUCUC